AUGUACGAUGAAAAAUAUCAACAUGACUAUCCUAAUUCACAUUAUUUGGCAAAUUUGAAUAACCUUAAUAGAACAAAUCAAAGUAUCACUUUGAAUCGGUUGCCAACUUUAGGUGAAAUUUUAGCAAACAGAACGAAGCUGCCAGUUGAUUUGUAUACAUUCUAUUUGUUUAUGAAAGGAGUUGAGCAUAAGGUGGAUUACGUGGAUUUCUGGUUUGAUUUAAUAAAUCAUUUAAACUUGUGUAAACACUAUGUGCAAGGGUUGAGAGACAGCAUCGCUAGACAUUCAUCGGUCAAUGAAACUGGUUCCCAUUAUAGGAACUCAGUACCCCUUCUGGAGCGAUCGAAACACAAGUCAUUGAGUUCGUCUAUUCUAUUGGAUUUAAUAGCUAACGAUAAUAUUUUAGAGGAUAGCGAUUCACAUAGAUUAUCACAAUUCUUGAGGGGAGACAUCAAUGUUGACAACCUAGAGCCGAAACUAAGAGACAUGAUUAACCAGUAUAAUGAAGAAAAUGACGAGCGCAGGCAUUCGGCAGGAGUACCGAAAACACCAACUAGCUUUAAAAGUAAGAAUGAGACAUCCUUUUCGAAACCACCGUCAAUACAAGAAGCGAAGAGAUUGUCAUCGAAUUCAAAAUUGUUGGAUGACAUGAGUUUUGAUGACAGCUCACUCAUUGAGAACCAAUUAGAUAUUGGUCAAGCGAGUAAAGCGGUCAAUCCCAGGUACAAACCCCUUGAUCUGUCACCUGAAAUCAAAGAUCAGAAAAGGGUCUCUUCUAUAAACCCUUCAUUAUUAGAAAAAUUGAUUAAGCAUACACCGGGGAGCUCAGAGCAUCAAUCAUUCAUUACCAGAAAUAAUUUAAAAGAAUCAUCACACAACCUCUUGUUGAAAUAUUUUGUAACUGAUUCUGAGAAGGACCUAGAUCUCCCUGAAGGUCUCAAAACUCAAAUCAUCAAUGCGAUUGAGGUGGACGGUCGAGACGAUCCAGACGUAUUUAAUAACGUGAAACUCUACAUAUUCAGCAAGAUUGAGCACGACCAUUUACCAAGAUUUUUAAACUUCAUGGCCAUCAGAAAUGUAAACCAUUCAAACAGUGUCAGAGUAAUUUUGGGCUUCUUCUUCUCCCUCAUCGGCUUUUGGGUUGGCUUCAUAUUUGUAUUUUUGAACUAUAGGAAGUCGUUGAGGCCAGUCAUUAUAAUACCUUUUCUUUUGGGAUUUUAUUUUCUUGUGUCGUCCAUUUACUUAAUAGACCCAAUAUUGGCUUGGUUUGGCUACAGCGAGUCCUUCAUCAAUCAUCGAUCUUUAAUCAGAAUAAGAGAACCAUUUAUUUAUAAAUUGUUACUAAAGAGAAGUCUAUGGGUGGUGUUCCUUAUAUUCCUCUUUACUGCCAUCUUUACAAUAAUAUUUAGCUUAGUUCCAGGUCGUCGCCUAUAA